UCUACCCCCCCCGCAGCGCCGGUUGGCCGCAAUCGUGGAGAGGAGGAGGCAGGAGGGGGCGGGAAAUAAACACAAGCGCCAGCCAGGACCGUGACAAUCAGUCAAACUUCCUCCCCGUGCUCGGUAUCCCCACUUGUGGUAAAGCACCAACCAGUGGCAAGGAUGUGUUUGCGGACUUUAAAUGCGGACAUGAUCUGAUUUGCAGCAGCAGCAACAACUCACAGCAAAGAUUAGAUUCCCAGCGGAAAGUUGCAGAAGUUCGCUAAAGCGACAGAGAAUGCAGCGCUCCAGUCUCAGGGAUUGCAAGGCUUGGCAGGAUGCAGGACUUCCCCUCUCCACAGCCAGCAAUGAGGCUUGCAAAUUAUAUGAUGCUUUUCUAACUCAGUGGAUCAGUUGGACCAACGAUGCAAGUCUCGGAGGGAUUGAGGGUUGUCAGUCUCGGCUAAAGGCCGCUGAUCCAGACUUUGUGAUGGGGCAUGUCAUCAUCAACGGGCUGGAGCUGAUUGGCACAGGGCGGUCGGUUGUGCUGGAUAAGGACCUGGCUGCCUCGAUCAAGAGGAUGGUUGAACUCUCAAAGACACAAGAGGUCACCGAGCGGGAACGUUUACAUGUCAGAGCACUGGAGAUGUUUGCAAAGGGGUCUCUUCCAAAAGCAUGUGAUAUCUGGGAACAGAUCCUUCUGGACAAACCAACUGAUCUGCUGGCGUUGAAAUUAGCGCACGACUCCUACUUCUAUCUGGGAUUCCAGCCUCAACUGAGAGACUCUAUUGCGCGAGUCCUUCCACACUGGACCCCAACAAUCCCGCUAUACGGUUACUUGAAAGGCAUGUAUUCGUUUGGAUUGGUGGAGACAAACUUUUAUGAUCUGGCAGAAAAAACAGCAACAGAGAGCUUGGCUUUGAACCCAGGCGAUGCCUGGUCUGUUCACUCCAUGGCGCACAUACACGAGAUGCGUGCAGACGUGGAGGGUGGACUAAAGUUUAUGAAGCAGACGGAGAAGAACUGGAUGAACUCUGACAUGCUUGCCUGUCACAAUUACUGGCACUGGACCCUCUACCACAUUGAAAAGGGGGAAUAUGAAGCUGCACUCACCAUCUACGAUGAUUACAUUUACAAAAGGUGCUUGUCGGUUGGAGCAAUGCUGGAUAUAGUGGAUGCAUCCUCCAUGCUGUUUCGUCUCCAAAUGGAAGGUGUUAAUAUUGAUGAUCGCUGGAAAGAAGUUGUCAAAGUUACAACGAAUCACUCCAAGGAUCACAUUCUCAUCUUCAACGAUGCCCACAUCCUGAUGUCCCUCUGUGGAGCGAAAGACACGGAGAUAGCAGCUCAGUUCGUGGCAUCACUGCAGGAACUCGCCCAAGCUCCUGGUGAGAAUUAUCAACACCAGCAUUUUCAGGAGCUGGGACUCCCGAUCUGCCAAGCCAUCGUGGAAUUUGCAAAUGGGAAUUACAGCCAGACUGUGGAUCUCUUACAUCCAGUUCGUUACCAGUUCCAGAAGAUUGGUGGGAGUAAUGCACAGAGAGAUGUCUUUAACCUGUUGCUGAUCAAUGCUGCUUUAAAAUCGGACAACAAACUUCACCAGAAGCUGGCUAGGUGCUUGCUGGUGGAACGCGACGGUAUGAGACCAAACUCUCUAAUGACCGAGAGACUGACCCGCAAAGCCAUGUCGUUGCACAGUCUAGAGUGAAUCAAGAUCAGAAGCAUGCAACAUCAAUCUGAAUAGAUCCAAGCAACACAAUCCAAACCUGUUAGUCACUAUUGAUUAUUAUUAGAAUAGAAAAUGCGAGAGGGGUUGUCAAAGUAGGGAAGGGAAAAGGAAGAAUGGGAGGGGAAAGUAAGGGGGAUGCCGGAGUGAAAUGUGGAUGAGGGGCAGGAAUGGGAACAGAAUAUUGGGGAGGCAAAAAGAGGUGGAUGAUGUGGCCUGGUUUUUUUUUGGGAGGGGGGU